AUCAACAGAUACCCCAGCAGGGGAACAUCAACAGAUACCCCAGCAGGGGAACAUCAACAGAUACCCCAGGAGGGGCACAUCAUCACACACCCCAGGAGGGGCAGAUCAAUAAGUACCCAAGGAGGAACAGAUUACCACGCGAUCAAGGGCAAAUCACCAAAUACCCCAUCGGGGCAGAUCAUCAGGAACCUCAUAGGUGCUACAGAUUGGUCGUAGAGGAAGCCGAUGAUGGUGGAUACUUUGAAUGCAGAUAGUGGCCUGUACCAGCAGCGGCAUGCAACUGAAGGCAGUAUACGGAAGGGAUGUGACCCGUUUGCUCAGACCCAGCGCAGCAAAUUGCAACAUCGCCGGGCACGGAUAAACCAGCAGAUUAACAAGGAGAUGAGAAUGAGAGCCGGAGCAGAAAAUCUCUUCCGUGCUACCACGAACCACAAAGUGAAAGAAACCGUGGCAUUGGAGCUCAGUUAUGUCAACUCCAACCUGCAACUCCUUAAGGAAGAGUUAGCAGAACUGAACAGCUCUGUGGAAGUGUACCAGAAUGAAAGUGAAAUUCUUAGUGUUCCGAUGAUACCUCUGGGAUUAAAAGAAACAAAGGAACUGGAUCUCACUGAUCCAUUAAAAGAUUUCAUCAGCAGUCACUAUGGAGAAGACGGCUCUCUAUAUGAAAAAGAAAUCAGAGAGUUUAUGGACCUGCGACAGGCGAUGAGGACUCCGAGGCGAAGCGAAGCUGGAGUAGAACUCCUGAUGGAAUAUUACAACCAGCUCUACUUCCUGGAUAAUCGAUUCUUCCCUCCCAACAAGAACCUGGGAGUCUACUUCCACUGGUACGAUUCGUUGACUGGUGUCCCCUCCUGUCAGCGAGCUCUAGCAUUUGAGAAGGGCAGUGUGCUGUUCAAUAUGGGUGCUUUGUACACCCAGGUUGGGGCGAGACAAGACAGGCUGUCAGUACGAGGAGUUGACAUAGCAAUUGAUGCUUUUCAGAAGGCUGCAGGUUGUUUUAACUAUUUGAAAGAAAACUUUUCAAACGCUCCCAGCCUGGACAUGAGCUCAGCGUCCCUGAACAUGCUGGUCCGCCUGAUGAUUGCACAGGUCCAGGAGUGCAUCUUUGAAAAAUUCACCUUGGAGAACACCCAAAAUACCUUCGUGACACAGCUGCAGAUGGCACAAGAAGCUGCAAGGGUGGAAGAUGUAUACAGCCUAGUGUACAGGACAAUGUCUCACCCACCCGUUAAGGACUAUGUCCCCUUCUCCUGGACUACCAUGGUCUGUGUUAAAGCCGAACAUUUCAAAGCACUGUCCCAUUUCCAUGCUGCCAGCGCACUCUGUGAUUUUACUACUGCCUCUGAAUCAGAAAUGGUAGAGCAUGAAAAGGCCUUUGUUCAGUUCCAUGUUACGGCCCCAGAAAGUCCUUCUAUUAGCUUCCUACUGCAAGACCAAGAGGAGAGAAGGAAACUAGGUAAGGCGCAUUUGAAGAAGGCCAUUAUGAAGCAUGAAGAAGCGAUGCGGAUCCAUGGGCUGUGUAAGAUACUGCGUAAGAUGGAUAUACUGCAGGAAGUCCUUACCUCAGCUCACAAGAGAUCCCUCAGCAAGUACUCUGAUAUUGACCAUGAAGAGGACUUCUUCGAGACAGGAGAGGCCCCAGACAUUGAGCCAAUAUCAGAACAAAGGCCUGAAAUAAAAAUGCCAAUUUUCUCCAGGGUGAAGGUGGCAGACCUUUUCCAUCGCCUUGGGCCUCUUUCAAUAUUCUCAGCAAAACAUAAAUGGCAUCCUGCGCAGAAAAUUCAUCUAGAGAAGGGAGAUGAUGGCUUUGGGUUCACACUAAGAGGCGAUUCGCCCGUCCUCAUUGCUGGAGUGAUCGUUUCAGGCUGUGCAGCUGUUGCUGGGGUGAAGGAGGGAUCCUAUAUUGUCACAGUGAAUGGUAAGGAUUGCCGCUGGUCCAAGCAUUCUGAAGUUGUGCAGUUGCUGAAAAGCACUGGAAAGGAAGGUGUGGAUAUCGAGGUGGUGACAUUCCAUAAUCCUGACACACAGAACACGAUGAUGGACAAGAAAUCGUCCAUGCUGUCUUCUAGUGAGAUACUCAAAGGGAACAAGGAGAAUAGUAGGAAAUCGAUGACUGGCACCAAGAACACCAGUACCCUAUUAAUGUGGAAUAAGAAGCGAAAUCAGACUAAACCGAACACCAACAGCAGCACUCUCCAGCUCCCUUUUAGUGCUGUGCAGAACAGCGAGUCCAUGUACUGACCACGAGCAGUGGGAUGUCCACAUACUAGACAAGACCAAGGCCAACAGAGGUCCUACUCCUGUAAUGCCUGCCCCUGUAUCUGUUAAUGAGUAGGAGUGCUGAGUUUUAGGAACAAUGAGUGGUGGGGGAAUAAUAUCAAGUCUAGACUACUUGGAUCUAGUGAAGAUCUAUAACAGAAAGGCCCCCAGUGCCUGAUUUGGCUAGUAGAACUUCAUCUUCUGAAACUUGAACAUUUGAUAGAUUUACUUGUUUUUAAUUUGCUUUGUAUAUAAAUGUGACUAUUUAUAAAGUGGUUUAUUGUUGCA